AUGCCGUACAUCAUUUAUCUGUUAUUCAUUUUUAUUCUUUUUAUUGUUCAAAGUGAUAGUCAAUUAUCUCGUAUUCAAGUUGAUCCAAAUACUCAAUAUUUUAUUGAUGAAUAUGGACGUGUACGUAUAUUUCAUGGUGUUAAUGUUGUUUACAAAGUUCGACCUUUUUUACCAAAUUUAACUCAUUUCGAUCCACAAAAUUCUCUAACAGAUGAUGAUUUAAAUAAUUUACAUCAAUGGGGUUUUAAUGUUAUUCGUUUUUAUACAUCAUGGAUGGGUGUAAAUCCAACAUCAGAAAUUGAUAUUGACCAAGAAUACCUUUCACAAUUAUCAACAGCUAUACAAAUGAUGGAAAACAAAGGCAUUUAUGCUUUACUUGACUGUCAUCAAGAUGUUUUUUCCAGAUAUUUCUGUGGUGAAGGUGUACCCGAUUGGAUAGCAAACAAGUUAGGUGAUACAGUGGUGAAAUCUUUUCCAUUGCCAAUUGCUGCCAAUAUAUCACGAGAACCUGAUACAGGUUAUCCAAAACUUGAUGAAUGUCUUGAACGUCCUUUUUUUGAAUACUAUUUUACUGAAGCUGUUAUGAAUGGAUUUAAAAUGCUAUAUACAAAUGGUAAUGGUGCACUCGACUCAUUUGCUUCUUUUUGGCGAACUGUUGCGAAUACAUUUGUCAAUCGUUCAUCUGUACUUGGCUAUGAAUUAAUUAAUGAACCACCGUUUGCUGAACUUGUUGACAUUGUUCAAAUAGGACAAGUCGAUCGAGUUUACUUGACGCCGAUGUAUAAAAAAUUACAUGAAGUUAUUCGUCAAGUAGAUGAUAAACAUAUAAUAUUUUUUGAGCCUUGUGUUGCUGAUCUUCUACAAACAGGAUUUAAGGAAGGGCCCGGUGGUGUUGAUUAUAAUAAUCGACAAGCGUUUAGUUAUCAUGUUUAUUGUAUUAAUGUUACGAAACAAGGUGAUCAAAACUCGGAUGUUGUUUGUGAUAUAGAUGAUGCACUUCUUAUUAGUUUACGAUAUGAAGAAGCCAAAAAAAAGAAAUUUGGCGGGAUGAUGUUAACAGAAUUCGGUGCUGUAAGUAAUUCCACAGAAGGUAUCAAGGAAAUCAGUCGAAUAACAGGGUUAGCAGAUGCAUUUCUUCAAAGUUGGUCUUAUUGGCAAUUUAAACAAUAUCAAGAUUUAACAACAGCACAAAGACCAACAACAACCGAAUCCUUCUAUAAUGAAGUUGGUGAAUUAGAAAUAAAUAAAGUACGAGCCCUUUCACGAUCAUAUGCACAAGCAAUUGCAGGUGACCCGAUAAAUAUGUUGUUUGAACCAGCAACAUCUCGUUUUCAGUUAGUUUUUAACGUUAAGACGGAUAUUCAUCAACCAACAAUUAUUUAUAUAAAUGAAGAUUUAAAUUAUCCAUAUGGUAAUGAUAUUAAUGUAUCCCCAGUUAAUUCAUUAACAUGGACGUGCACUAGUCGAAAUUAUUACGAAUUUUUACCUGUAGCGUCAACAAAAAAUGGAACAACAAUUACUAUUCUAAUUACGCCAAAAACUCUCCAUUGGUUUUACCAAUUUUGCAAUUGGUUUAAAAUGCAAAUUUGUUUUUGGAGAAAAUAA